AUUUCUUGCACUGCAACGCUAUUCCAUAUACUUAUCCCUCCCUCUCACUCAACCUCCAAUUCUCCACCUUUCCUUUUUUUUACUCUUUCUCAACCACAUUAAAUACUCUCCCCUCUCAUCUCUUCUCUUCUCACCUCUUUUACUCCCUCAUCGAUCCCCCUUCUGCUGCUCCAACUUAAUCCCUCUCUCCCUCUCUCAAAAUAGUUGCAGGUGUUGCUCCUGCGGAGGAGGGUGAGAUAUGGCUGAUCGCAACAGAGGCGAAGAGUAUUUAGCUUCCCAGGUGGAGGAGGAUGCAGCAUUAGGAAAGAAAUAUGGGGGACUUGUUCCUAAAAAGAAGCCCUUGAUCUCAAAGGAUCAUGAGCGUGCAUUCUUUGAUUCGGCAGAUUGGGCUUUAGGGAAGCAAGGAGCUAGUUUGGACCAAAAAUCAAAAGCAGAUAUAGAGACUCUGCGUCCAAAGUUGCAGCGAACGCCUCAUCAGCAGCUCCCUCCUCGAAGACCAGCCUGUACAUCAGGGAGAGAUGUACUUGCCGAAUAGAUGGAAUUGAGGCCACAAAGCAUGGAGAUC